AUGUCGGCAACAAAUCCCUCCUCCGCCCUUAACGGCGUCGUCAUCGGUCUCCUGUCCUCUUUUGGCUCCGCCUUCCUUAUCGCCGUCAUCUUCCUCAUCGUCUACUUCUUCCGCUACACAAGUAGCGGUCGCAUCUUCCUUGACCGCAUCGGCCGCCCCGGCGAAUACGAUGACGAGCAAGCAUUCGCCCGCGAGGAGGCAGAGGCCCUCGAGUCCAUGGAGGAACUUCAGCGCACAGAAUACUUGAGAGCCAAGGCUUUCGUAACUGCUAAUCCGCCCGAGUCCCUCCAAACCGAUAUCUCGCUCUCCCAGUACCUUGCCAUUCAAGAAAAGGGUGUCUCCGCCUGGGAAUUCGAGCCCGAGCUCGAAAUUGCCAACUGCUUCGUCGAGGGCCGCACCGAGAUUGAGUUCUUCGACUCCGAAUGCACUGUGCUCAGUAACCUGCCUGUGCCUAAACAGAACGAGGUUUACUACUGGGAGGCAAAGAUCUACGACAAGCCUGAAAACACAUUGCUCAGCAUCGGCAUGGCCACGAAGCCUUACCCGCUAUUCAGGCUGCCAGGCUUCCACAAAUAUUCUGCUGCAUACACUUCGACUGGCCAGCGUCGGUACAACCAACCGUUCAACGGUACACAGUACGGUCCCCAAUACGUGCAAGGCGAUGUCAUAGGUGUUGGCUAUCGUCCUCGCACGGGCACAAUCUUCUUCACUCGCAACGGAAAGAAGCUGGAGGAUGUCGUCCAUGGUCUCAAGUCCCAGAACUUUUUCCCUGCCGUCGGAGCCAAUGGUCCCUGCGCCGUCCACGUUAACUUUGGCCAAGCCGGCUUCGUCUUCAUCGAAGCCAACGUCAAGAAGUGGGGUCUCGCACCGAUGACUGGCAGCCUGGCACCUCCGCCGCCAUAUGGAUCUGAGCAGGGCGACAUUCUCUUGGAGGCGGGACGGAAGGACGGAUACUCGGCCAGCGUUCCUCAACACUCGCAGUCAUACUCACAAUCUGUGCAAUCUACAUCUCGCGGCGGUGGUAGUCAGGUGCUCAACCCCCAGACCGGACACAGUCGCACAUGA